AUGGCGGGGGGUGAUCGUGGCGGUCGUGGUAGCCGUGGUGGUGCUGCUCGUGGAGGCGGACGUGGCAGUGGACGCGGUGGUUUCGGUGGUGAUCGCGGUGGCCGUGGUGGCGGACGCGGUGGUGUCGCUAAGCGCGGUGGUCCUGCCCGUGGUGGUGCCCGUGGUGGUCGUGGCGGUACUCGUGGCGGUGCUCGUGGUGGGGCCAGGGGUGGUGCCAAGGUUACGGUCGAGCCUCACAGACACGAGGGUAUCUUUGUUGCCCACGGCAAGGAAGAUUAUCUCUUGACCAAGAAUUUGGUCCCUGGCGAGUCAGUCUACGGCGAAAAGAGAAUUGCCAUUGAGGGUGCUGAUGGUACCAAGGUUGAAUACAGAGUCUGGAACCCUUUCCGCUCCAAGGUCGCUGCUGGUGUCCUCGGAGGUGUCGACAACAUUCACAUUGCUCCCGGCAAGAAGGUGCUGUACCUCGGAGCCGCCUCUGGAACCACGGUCUCUCACGUUGCUGAUAUUGUCGGACCUGAGGGUCUUGUUUAUGCUGUUGAGUUCUCUCACCGCUCCGGACGCGAUUUGAUUAACAUGGCCAAGAAGCGUACGAACGUCAUUCCUAUCAUUGAGGAUGCUCGCCAUCCUCACAAGUACCGCAUGUUGGUCGGCAUGGUUGACGUUAUUUUCGCCGAUGUUGCUCAGCCCGAUCAGUCCCGUAUUAUUGGAAUCAACGCCCAUCACUUCUUGAAAAACAACGGACACAUUGUAAUCUCGAUCAAAGCCAACUGUAUCGAUUCGACUGUGGAUGCUGCCACUGUUUUCGCCGGUGAGAUUCCCAAGCUUCAGGAGCAGCGCAUCAAGCCCCAGGAGCAGUUGACGCUGGAGCCAUUCGAGAGGGACCACGCCCUGGUUGUCGGCAAGUACGUUCGCUCUAAGUAA